AUGGUUCUGGAGCUCCAUGUCUGGGGCCCUGCCUUCUCGCUGCCCUCCAUCGAUGCGCAAUGUCUCGCGACGAUAGCCUAUCUCUCGCAGACCGUCCCCAAGGAUGCCUGGGUGCUGGUCGCAAGCAGUGAUCCGACCGUGUCUCCGACCUGUGAACUCCCCGCUCUCAAGAAUGGAACGACAUGGGUCAGCAAGUUCCGGAACAUCGUGGAUUAUCUGCGCCAAUACUCCCAUGGCGACUGGGAUCUGGACGGGGAUCUGAGCGGACUGGAAAAGGCCGACAACAUCGCGUUCUCCUCCUUCGUCGAAUCCCGCGGCCAAUCCCUCGUCGACCUCUCCCUCUACGUCACUAGCCAAAACUACUACAACCACACCUCCCCCGCCUACGGCUCCAUCCUCCAAUGGCCCAACCAAUGGAUCCUCCCCCCGAAGCUGCACGACGCCGCAAAGGCCCGAACAGACCACCUGGGUCUCUCCUCGCUGGACCUGGAAGCCAUCGAGGAGCAGCGCAAACGUGACCACUCGGCCGCCGUCGCCGCCGGCCAGAUCCCACCGAACUUCAUCCAGCGGCCGCGCGACACGGUCACGGGGCUGCUGGGCAAGACGGCGCAGCAGAACCAGUUCAAGCUGGAGGCCCUGACGGCCGAAUUCUUCGACGCCCUGGAGGAGAUCCUCGGCGCGAAACGCUACCUGCUGACCGAGGAGGCCGCCACCAGCCUGGACUGUCUGGCCCUGGGGUAUCUGGCUCUGGCGCUGGUGCCGGACCUGACGCACUCGUGGCUCCGCGACGCCAUGACUGCCAAGGCGCCGCGAUUGACGGCGUACACAGAGCGACUGCGACGAGGAUGCUACGGAUUGGGGGCGCAAACAGCACAAGCACAAGCCCACGAGGGAUCGACAGCGCCAGGGUCCGUCCUGCCGUGGCGGGCAUCCGAGCGCCCCGGGCUGACCACCGUCGGCGCGACGCUAUGGAAUGCGCUGGCCGACGCCACGCCGAUCUGGCGUGACAUGCGCGCCUCGACGCGAUUGCGCGAGGCGGCGGAGUCGUCGGACUCGGGGCUCUCGCAGACCGAGAGCGAGACUCUGUCGAAGGUUGCGGUCGGCCAGAGGAAGGAUCUCCUCGUGUCCAUGGCUGCUGUAGUGGGUGGGUUCGCAGCACUAGCGGCAUAUAUGGUCCACGUGGGGAUCAUUUCGGUAGCUGGACGAGACGAGGAGGAGGAGGAGGAACUAGGCGAGGAAUACGAGGCCCCGGCAUUCCAGGCGGAGGAUCUAUUGUCGUCGCUGCAGAUAUGA